UAAAUCAGCUGGUUUUUAAUCAAAUUUACGGGAGGAAGUAGUGCUGUUUUUGGGGGACUUUACAGUGGCGGAUUAAUCCACAUUUGAUGCUCCAGUGAGUUGUGGCAGCAGGACGGUGUGUUUGGGAUUGAGUCAAAAAUACUCCACUGUGUGUGUGUGUGUUGGUGAUGAAGGAGCAUGUCAGCCAGUGACAGUGUGGCGCCUCAUGUUUUUUAAUAGUUUUUAACAACAAUAGAGCUCUGUGGCUUUGAUACAUAACAUAUGUUAGUCGAUACCUUCACUGUUGGUUUUGCUUUUCAUGAGAUUUUUUGACAAAAAGAAAACUAUAAAAUACCAUCAGACAGUUUGUGAGGAAAAGUUGAGCCUCACCAAUAACUUCAGUUCAGAAACAGUUAAUUCAGACAUGACCAUUUUAAAGUUGCAAAUUAUGCUUUAAAUAUAUGUUUUAUAUAAAACUUCUCUUUGCAACAGCUCUCACGGUAAGUUGGUCUAAAGUAAGCAUGUGAGUGACAUGUCUUUGAUUUGAACACGGCAGACUUCUUAAAGCUGCUCAAAUCAAUAUUUUGGAUCAAAUGAGCUGUAAUGUGAAACUCUGCCGUACGUUAGUGUCUGUCAGCUUAUUGUUUUAUGAUAUCGUUUGCAGCUUUAAUGUUUUCAUUCACUCACCAAACAGCUCUGAUCAAUAAACACUAAACAGCAGACAGACACGUGAGAGACUCGCUGGUGAUGGAGGUGGAACAUUUAACACAUUGUGGGAUAAAUGUUAUUUUUUCUACCUGUUAUCCAGGUAUUGUCAGCCUGAUCUUGCUGUAAACACUUUGCCCAAAUGUUCACACAUUUCUUUAUCAUUUUAAAGUCACAGACGAUGCCCAGCUUUAAAGCAGCAGCUCCACAAACAACCCUCGCUGUAAAAGUACAAAAGUAUUAGCAACUAAAUCUGAUCAAAGUAUUCUAAAAGUAGCAAAAGUACCCAUUGUACAGAAUGCCUCAUUUCAAAUUGAUGUGUAUCAUUGCAUCACGGUGUUCAUCACUUUAAUAUUGCAGGUGGUAAAUAUAUUUUAAUUUACUUUAUGUACUGCUGGGUAGCUUAAUGUAUAAUAGUACAUCAUUUAUUACUUGAUUUAUUUUUGUAUUCAAAUCUGAAAACUAACUGAGUAACUCAACAAGAUGUUCCAAAAUGUUGUGUUAAUUAGCAUAAAAUGGAAAUAGUUAAAGUACAAGUACCACACAACGGUAUUUUAGUAAAUGUACUUAGUUCUUCAACACUUGGACAUAGUGGAUUCCAAUGUGGAGCAAAGAUGCUGAAGUCAUUCUGAAUCAACAAUGCAUCAUUAAUCAGUAAUUCAGUAAUUUAAUACAUAUGAAGCUUAUAUAGUUUUGGUACUUUCAGUACAUUUUGCUGCUUUUAUACUUAUACUUGUGACAUUUUGAAUUCAUGAGAAUUUUUUUACAAUCUGAUAUUUCUACUUUUACCUCAGUAAAGGAUCUGAGUUGUACUUAUUCAACCACUUAACAACAGCAUCUUUAAAUCUAUUAUUUCUCAAAUUUUUAAAUAUCACCAGAACUGUACCUUCUGACCUCGUUUGUCUGUCAGCCAAUCAGGAGCGCGCUCUACUGUAGCAGCGUCCAAUCAGAUUUGACGGAGCUCUAUUUGAAAGCGACUCGUGCUAGUGUUGUUUACCUGCAGAGCUCGCUAUUCACGGAUCUUGUCGGUAAAUCGUGCUGCUUGCUGCUAAACAGAUAAAGAAACCACCGCGUCGCUGCUUUAACUCGGAGUGUAUCCUCUUGUCUACCGACGAUAAACAUGUCUUCUGUUGAACUUCGUGCUGUGCCGCUCCCAGCCGCAGAGAACCCAGUGAAGAUGAGCAAAGCCACGGCCGGUGUGAGGAGAGCUGCUCUCGGAGAGAUCACUAACUUCACUGCGGCUGCAGCAGUCAACACAAAGAGGACCGGACCAGCCAAAGCAUCGGGCAAACCAGCCCAGAAGGAUAAACCGGUGGUCCAGGUGGUGCAUCCAGUGGUCUGGGGCUCGGCACCUGCAGAUCCUCUGCCCUCGGUCUCAGAGGAGUUGGCGGAUGCGUCCAUGAGGGAGGAGGAGGAGCUCUGCCAGGCUUUCUCUGAGGCGCUGCUCACCGUGCAGGACGUCGACGAGCAGGAUUCAGGACUGCCGCAGCUCUGCUCGGAAUACGUCAAAGACAUCUACAAUUAUCUACAUGUCCUGGAGGUGGAGCAAGCUGUACGCGCCAACUACAUGCAGGGUUAUGAAAUCUCUGGACGCAUGAGGGCUCUUCUGGUCGACUGGCUGGUCCAGGUUCACUCCAGGUUCCAGCUGCUGCAGGAGACUCUGUACCUCACAGUCGCCGUCCUGGAUCGGUUUCUCCAGGUCCAGCCGGUGUCUCGCAGAAAGCUGCAGCUUGUUGGUGUGACGGCCAUGCUGGUGGCCUGUAAGUACGAGGAGAUGUACGCUCCGGAGGUCGGGGACUUCGCCUACAUCACGGACAACGCCUUUUCCAAGGCUCAGAUCCUGGAGAUGGAGCAGCUGGUUCUCAGGACUCUCAACUUUGAACUUGGACGUCCUCUUCCGUUGCACUUCCUUAGACGGGCCUCCAAGGUGGCCAGUUCUGAUGUAGAGAGACACACGCUGGCCAAGUAUCUGAUGGAGUUGACGCUGCUCGACUACAACAUGGUUCACUAUCGGCCCUCUGAGAUCGCUGCUGCGUCACUGGGUCUCUCCCAGCUGCUGCUCGAGGGGCUGCCGUGGUCUUCCACACAGCAGCACUACUCCACGUAUGAAGCGGCCCACCUGAAGCCGAUCAUGCAGCACAUCGCCCAAAAUGUUGUGCUGGUGACUGAGGGGAAAACCAAAUUCCAGGCCGUGAAGAACAAGUACUCGAGCAGCAAGCUGAUGAAGAUCAGCCUCAUCCCUCAGCUGACGUCGUCCAUUGUGAAGACGAUGGCGGCCGCUGUGAUCAACACUUGAGCCGAACUU